UCCAGUCUGAGGGCCAAUGGGCAAGUUCUUAUUUGUGUGCUAUUUAGCGUCUAGCAUCUGCGACACAACAUCAGUUUACUUAUAUGAGCUGGAUAAUUUUGAAUCAUCAGGGAUAACUCAAUGGAUUAUUCAAAAUGAUGGGCUGAAAAGAGAGAAGUGUUUCUUUGUGAAGAAUUGUUGAAAGCCUUUAAGUCAGGAUGAUGGAACAGGAGGAUUCAAUAGACUUUAAGACCCUGAAGGCACGGUUUCAGGGUGAAAAUGGUCUGAAGAUCCAGACUAAACCUGUCAUCCCAGAGAAACCCAAAACCAUCCCUCCGUCGACAAAAAUCAGCAACCCCUUGAUCUCCUCCAUCCAUGCUGCUGUGCAAAAAGGAGCACUUCAUGCCCCACAUGUAGUCUUCAAAGAUGACAAACAUCUAAAUCGCCAACUAUCUCAACCUUGGGGCUCAAAGGCCAAAGAGAAACAACCCAUCAAUAAUUUUGAACUGCUUGAUAAGAAUCAGAAGAAAGAAGGUGACAUUGUCAAACAGGCUCUGAAAGAUAGGAAUCUUCCACUGGGUCUGCCAGUGCUUCCAAUAAAUGUUGGUACCACAGAGCCUGAACCCAGCCCACUUACACCUGUGUCCGUUUCACCAGCCAAAGCAUCCACACCCAAAAUGUUUGUAUUUAACAGAAAGACUGACAAAGAUGGUAAUGAGAAAGCAGACACUGUGGAAACCCCAACACCAGCUAGCUGUACCCCUGACAGUCUUGCUCCAAGUAACCCAGCUCCUGCAAGCCCAUAUGUUAUAGCUAUUGCUAGUGUACCUGUAGUCCCUAAGGCUCUUGUUCCUCCUCUGAUUUCAGCUGAAACACCUCCGGUCCCUCGCAUUCCUGCCCCAAGUAUUCCAGCCCAAGGCAUUCCAGCCUCUUCCAGCCCUGAACCAGAAAUUCCUGAGCCAGCCAUACCAACACCAGUCAUUCCACCUCGAGCUGCUCAUAAGCCAGAUAUUUCUAAGCCAGAAGCCCCUAUUUCAACUCUUCCUGUAGCAGCACCUCCUAAACCAAAAAUACAUUUGUUCAGUUUAUCAGAGGUAUUUCCUCCUCCAGAAGAAAGUCCCCCACCCGAUUUCACUGAUAUUCCUCCUCCAAUUAUUCCUGAUGAAGAUUUUCCUGAUGGAGACUCUUUUGACCAAGCUAUGCCCAGUCCAGCAAUACGUACAUAUAUCACCCCAGUUCCCAGGAGCCUGGCUGUCUCCAGGACAGAAUCUCCUGCCCCGCCCACCCAUCCAGAAGUUACUUCAGAGCCCUUGGUGAAACCCUUGGAAUCUACAGCUCGUCCAGAUUCAGUUGUUUCCCUAAGCCCUCCUCCAGCUUUUCAUAAUCCAGUUGCACCUUUAGAGAUGGUACUAGAGAAUGCGAAAGACCUGACUGAUAAGAUGGCUGAUAAAACAGAGGAGGAUGAGUUUUCAUCCAAGUCUCUUUCAGCCCUCUCAGCCUUGGAGAGAGCGGAGGAGAUGGCCCCAAUAAAACGGAACACACUGCAUGAUAACCGUGUAAUUAGCCUGUUGGAAAAGGCUAAGAGAAAGUCCACAAUGAUCCAGCUUUCUACCACACCUGAAAAUACAACCCCAUUAGAGACAGGUGCACCUGAGAUAGGUCUACCUAAGACUGCCAAACCUGAGAUGGACCAACCUUAUCUGAAUCCAGCUGAAAAACUUCCAGAGGAAGCCCCUUCUGUACCAGAGAACAAAGCAUUUGAACUCCCUCCUGUUGACUAUCAAGCUCGUUUGCCACCUAAAACUCACCCACCUGAAACAGCCCAAGUUAAUGGCCUUAAUUUCAGGCAAACCUCACAAGGGGUGCUGACAGUGGUGAAACCAGUGAACCCCCCUCCCCCUCCACCCAGAAGGCCUCUGCCAGCCACACCUGUUGUGGAGUCUGAGAAACCAAUUCAGCCUCCUGCCAAAGACCUUUACAUUCCCACAACACCAGCUGAACCUCUAGAAACACAUGACGAUUCAUCAUUUGACAACUCAUAUGGGGAGGCAUCUUUUGGAGAUACUGAGGAAUUUGAAUUGCCAGCAGUUCCUAACUUUAGGCCUCCAUCAGUGGCUCUAUCAGCCUCAGAUUCCAAAAGACCGGUAUCAGUUCAUGAGAAAUCCUUCCUGGACCAAUUCAGCCCAACUCAUCAGACUGCAGAGGAAAUGCUUCCAAAAAUGGAGGACAGAGUAGAUGGUGAAGUAGAUUAUGAUUCUACAAACUCUAGCUCUUCAAUGCCAAAUACUCAAGCUGCUAUACAUCAAGACUCACCUGUCAAUCAAGAUGUUUUUUCCCCAUCAGGGACUAUUGUAAGUGGUGACAAUGUCAAUGAAGCCCAAGUAUUGAAUAAGAAAGGGAAAACAUUAAAGAACAAGAAACAGAAAGGAGCCCCAAAGAAUCCAUAUGAUGAUACUUUGACUGUGGUGGAGACUCCCAAGAAAGGUUUGUUCUCCAGGAAGAACUCAGCAAAAGCAGCUGAUGAAAAAGAACUAAAGAAGAAAGAGAAACAGCGAGAAAAGGAAAAAGAGAAAGAGAAGGAAAGAGAAAGGAAGGAGCAGAAAGAAAAAGAAAAGAAAGAAAAUGAAAUGAAGAAAAGGUUUAAGAUCACAGGGCAGGAGGAGCCCAUUUAUCAUGUUAAAGUGAUCGAGAACUGUAAGGCCCAUAAAAAUGACCUGCCGUUGAAGAUUGGAGACACUGUGAGCAUCAUCCGUACCAACAACUGCCCGAAAGGGAAAUGGCUGGCCAAGGACAGUGACAACAAAUAUGGCUAUGUCCCAGUGGAGAGUGUGGAUUUAAUUAUCAGUGGAAUUAUGGAGCUGGGGAAAAUGACCACAGCAACUAACAGGUCCACCGGCAGUGGACUCAGGGAUGGAGAGGUCAUCAGCUCAGGCAGCAGAACCUCAGAUCAUUACGCCAUGAACCACGAGAGCUUCUCAGAUGACUCAGAUGAGGAGUGGAUAUGUGAUGAUGAUGAUGAUGAAACUGCAUAUGCCUCUCCAUCAGAAAUCCCACACAUAGGGAUGAAUCAGACACAAGCCAUGCCAACGAGAGUCUUAAACAGUGAACCAGGCCUUGUCCAGCAAACUGAGUCUGAUCCAAAUGACAUGAAAGUACAAGCAAAUCAGGAAGCCCUUCAAAAACUAGCCACAUUCUUUACUCUACCAAAGACUCUCUCUCAGGCUCUUCCGGAAAGCAACACCCCAAAAAUGCAAUCAUCUAAACCAGAGAAUCCUGGCAACUUAAACACGGAAGAUGAUCUUGAAAUCUCAAACCUUCAGAUACUUCCUCCUCCAGACCUGUAUGCUGACAUCAUAGCUGGUGAUGCCAUGCCAAUUUAUAGCAAGUCAAUCAAAACCACCACAAAAUAGAGGAGUAGUUCAGACUGCAAAAUGGAAUGAUGAGUAUGAACUCUGCUUCAUAACCCUGCUGUUUUGAAGAGUACUUUGGGAAAUGUCACCCACAAAAGCUCAAGAAAUGUGUCUUUCACAUGUGAAAAAUAUGUUUGAGACUGUGCACAUAAGUGUUUAUGUAGCUUGGUGAGCAAGUGGCUGCAGACAAGAGUUUCUAUAAUGUGGUGAGAUGUUAUUUCAGUUUAUUUAAACCCUGCUAUAAAUCUAAGUGUUAGUUUACUUUCUUUCUUUCUUUCUUUCUUUUGUUUUGUUUUACAAUCAGCCAUGCAUCCUGGAUUGUGUGGAUAUAAUCAUCAGUUCACUGGCAAAAAGUGCAAAGUUUGUGUCUAGUCUGAGGUUGUCUAAUGAGCUUCUAUUUCAACACUGAUUUUAAAGCUGUCAGAUAAAAACAUGGCCAAAAUAAGAGCUUAAUAACUUUUUAUUUGGAUGAGGUUUUAGCAGAUUAUUGCCAUGUGCUCAUUUAUAGCUGUAAUUCUUAAGUCAACAUUGUUUUUCAGGCAUCAUUUUUUAUUUAUUUUUUAUUUUAGGAUUGCAAUUUAGAGGUUUAUAUAACCACAAUCUGUAUUUAUAUAGGAUUAAUUAGUAUUAUAUUUUUCUUUGUUAUGCUUUCAAGCAGUAGUCUGUAAGUAUUCCCAGUCUUCAUUUGGGCUACACUACAUUAGGGAAAUACGUUUGUGCAAGUGCUUUAUUUUUGUAUUUCUUUAAACAAAGGCAUACAUACUAUGCCACAGCUCUGUGAAUAAUUUGCUGUUAAAAAAAAAAAAAAAAAAAAUCUCAAUUCUUUUUUUUACAUAUUUUUGUCUAUGCUAGAAAGCUCAGAAAUCAGUUUUGGUUGCAUCUCCAGUAGGUAUUAUAGAGCAAAUCUGAUUUGCCCCAAACUGCAUAGGUUUUAUAACAUUAUAACAUUGCCAUAUCUACACAAGGUACAAAAUGCAUAUACUUCUUUAUUUCACCAUUUUUUUAACAAUACAAAAUAAAGUGCAAAUAAGACCAGGAACACCAUGCAGUGCAUCACUUUUAAAAUACAAAUCACACAAGACAGGAAAAGACACACAUACAUGUACAAUACACAGACAUGUAGAAGAACAUUGACAGGCUGAAGUCAUCUCACGGUGGGCUCAGAAACAGGCUGAAAACAGUUUUCACAGAAGGGAAGCUGUGCACACACAUAUACAGCACUACACGUUGACAGAGAGAGAGGGGGUUGUAUAAUAUCCAGCACAAAUGCCUGUACAUAGACAAUACAGUGAGCAUGAGCAAAAACUUUCUUACUGACCCAAAAUUACCAGAAAAACAUGGCUGCAACCAUAAAAGUAUUAUAACAAAGCCUUAAAACUGUCAUAAAAGUGACUUAUGUAACCACCCAGCCUUUGAAUAUGACACAUUCUGAACUUAAGGGCGUCAAGUAUAAGCACUCACAGUUCCCACCCUAACUAUGACUGUAAUGUACAAUGUAAUGGCAAAAGUCAAGCCGUAGGGGACUAUUUAUUUACACUUUGCAUCAGCACUUUUUACACUAAGAAGGUGCAAAAAUCCUCGAUACAACCUGGUUGCUCUUGCAGUGAAUCUGGGAUUAUUGAGGAA